AUGGAACGAAAUGAAGGUAGUGAGACUUCUCAAAGAAGGAUCUCAUCCUUCGAUAAUUGCUUACGAUUGCUUCAUCAUAACACCAUCUUACGCACUGAUUUCAAGGUCGAUGAGCGCAAAGCAAAAAGCUGGUUUGAAAGCCUCGCUUCGGCUGUCGAAUUCAUGCACGCUCGAGGCGUUGCACACAAUGACAUCAAACCUGCCAAUAUCCUCCUUUCGGCGUCGAAAACGCCUAUUCUUGUUGAUUUCGGGUUCUCGGAACGUUACGAGCUAGGUUCGGCAGAUGCGUUCCGGUCUUCACUUGCAUAUGGGACCCCUGAAUACCUUUCUCCGGAGCGUGCCAAGGGUCAACUGCAUAACACCCGUAAAUCGGAUGUAUGGUCACUAGGUGUCACCUUUUUUGAGAUCAUCAUGGCCCGCACCCCCUUUGAAAAUGAUAAA